AUGGGGAUGGUGCCUCUGGUCCGGUCGCGACUGAUCAUAUGCAUUCUGUGUGUGGCUCAGCGGCGAUCGGUCAAUCCUGAUUCAGGAGCUGCAGUACAGUCACUACUCACUACAGGAACCUUGAGCUUGAUGGUUGAGGUUAUGGUUGGUCCCACUGCGCUGUACGAAGGUAACAAACGGUUGGUAGCCGACACUCGACAGGAAGACUCGUGA